CCCGCGGCGCGACUGAGGCCGCGGCGAGCCCGGCCCCGGCGUGCGGCUCAGCGGCCCGGCGGCGGCGGCUGGGCGGCCGCGGGAGGAGCGCCGCCUCUGCCCGGAGUCCCGCGUGGCCCCGGCGCGAAUGCGGCUGCGGCCGGGCCUGCAGCGGGCGCGGGGGCGCCGGGCGGCCGCCAUGGGGAACUGCUGCUGGGCGCGGUGCUUCGGGCGGCUCCGCCGGGAGGCGGGGCGGCUGCCGCGGGGCGGAGGAUCCAAAUAUUUUAGAACAUGCUCAAGAGGUGAGCAUUUAACAAUAGAGUUUGAGAAUCUAGUAGAAAGUGAUGAAGGGGAAAGCCCAGGAAGCAGGCGCAGGCCUCUGACUGAGGAAGAAAUCAUUGACCUGAGAGAGAGGCAUUAUGAUUCUAUUGCUGAGAAACAGAAAGAUCUUGAUAGGAAAAUUCAAAAGGAGUUAGCCUUACAAGAAGAGAAGCUAAGACUAGAAGAGGAGGCUGUGUACGCUGCCCAGCGAGAAGCAGCCAGGGCAGCAAAGCAGCGAAAGCUCUUGGAGCAGGAGAGGCUGGGCGCCGGUCCUGGAUGCCGCCCCUCCAGCGGAGCCGCGUGCCACAGCUCAGGACCAGAAGACAACUUUGAAUCUUGUUUGCGAAAUACAAAGUCACAGUAUGAAGUUUUUCAAAGUAGCAGACUCUCAUCAGAUGCCACCGUUUUGACACCAAAUACAGAAAGCAGUUGUGACUUAAUGACCAAAACCAAAUCGACGAGUGGAAAUGAUGACAGCACGUCCUUGGAUCUGGAGUGGGAAGAUGAGGAAGGCAUGACUCGGAUGCUCCCAGUGCGAGAGCGCUCUCGGACGGAGGAGGACAUCCUGCGGGCGGCGCUCAGAGGUGGCCGGAGGCCUGGGAGCCACGCUGCAUCCGCCUCCGACGACUCCAACGGGCUGGAGUGGGAGAGCGACUUCGUGAGCGCUGACUUGGAUGACAACGGCAACUCCGAGUUCUCCGGCUUCGUGAACCCCGUGCUGGACCUGUCGGAGCCUGGUGGGAAGCCGGUGGGCGGAGAGCCACAGACGCGAGGGGGUCAGGUCUUGUGAACCUGCCUGGCGGGGGGACCCCGUGCUAACCCAGCGAGAAGGUAUAAAUCCUGCUGAGCCUUUCCACUGGAGGUGGGAGCCCCGAGUACGUGCUAUCAGGAAGGACCAGGUGGUGGCUGUAUCUGAAUUGCUUCAGAAUAAGUGCAAUUUCAUCAUCUACCUUCGCUCUUCAAACAAGUUCAUGGUUCUGUCAUAGUAUCAAUUACCUUCCUGUUUGCAAUUUGUAGGUGUUCUUUUUAGAAUAACUUUGUUGGUUUUACUUAGUAUGUUUGCAGAACCUUAUUUCAGUGUCUGACAGAGUACUAAGGCUUUUGGUGUUAUGUUCAGCAGACAGGAGGGAGCAGAGGACGGAGCAUCCAGCUCAGACUCAGAAUAACGGUCCCGCUCCGCAUGUCUGUCCCACAGCCCACACUCACCACCAGUCGUAGCAGUUACUCUAGGAGGUAACUCAGAAUGCUCAUGUGUCAUUCUGUGUCUACACUGACUACAUAUCCAAGUAGGACACUGUGAAUCAGUCUGAAACAAAGGGAAUGACAUGACAAAGGAAGCUUCCAGAGUUUGGACACUUGAAAUUGGUCAUCAAGAGUAAUUGAAGAAAAUAAACACAUU